GCAGCGAGGACUUCGUCUCGAGCUCGGCUAAUGGCGACCGUACCAAUGAAAAUUGUGCCCUGACUGGGUCCUCAUCCCACUCCCCGUCUCCAUCAGCGCCCGUGCAUACACCAUACACCAUGCACCUAUGCACAUACACCCAUACAACCUCAUUCCAUUCACUUCCUCCCCUGCCAAGUGCCAACCAUAGCUUCAGCAACUUGGCUAACGCUUGUUGUCAAAUUUCUCCAUCUCGCCCCUUGGCACGGAGAAUCCUGAAACCACCAGUCCGGGUCUUCAAUACCACCAGCGCUAAGCUAUCCGUAUUUGCCGGCUGUUAUGCUCCUCACGAUGAUACUUAAGAUGCGCGAGGGAAGACACCUCCUCUGCUGCCAUCACCAACCCAGUCCUUCUUUUCUUUCUUUCUGUUAACUUGUACUUUCACUCUUUCAGUCGUUCUUUUUAUUCUUUCACCAUGCAGCAGCGCAGUGCGCUCCUUUUGGCCCUGGCGGCGCCUCUGGCGCUGGCCUGUGAUAGCCCUGAAAACCACGCUUGUGCCUCCAUCUACUCUGUUUCCUCCGUGGCUGCAGCCAGCUUCUGCGCCACCUUCACCGCCAGCGCGGUGAGCGAGACGACCGGCGUGCCGGACGCCUUCCUGUCGGCCUGCGACUACAAGACCAAGCACCUGUCCAGCGCCUGCAGCUGUCUGGGCCCUGUCACCGGUGCUGCCGCGGCCGCCACCAGCGUGAGCACCACAGCCCCCGUCGUCGUUGCCACCUCCACGACCGCCGCCGCCGCCUCCACCUUCCAGACCUCCUCCAAGGUGGCCUCGACCAGCCAAGCGGCGUCCACGACGCUGGCCCCCGUCACUACCGAGGUCGCCGUGGCGGCCACCUCGGCCGUCGGCAACGGCGGCACGACCUGCACGGUGACCGAGUACGCGUCCAUCUCGUCGGCGGUGGCCUCGUGCUCCAACAUCCUGCUGUCGGGCGUCAGCGCCCCGGCGUCCAGCACGAUCGACCUGACCGGGCUGCAGACGGGCGCGGCCGUGAUCUUCGCCGGUGAAACCACCUUCGGCGACACCUACGACAGCGACUUCGACCCGAUCGUGAUCUCCGGCACGGACCUGACCAUCACCGGAGCGGAGGGCCACGUCAUCGACGGCAACGGCCAAGCCUACUGGGACGGCGAGGGUUCCAACGGCGGACAAGACAAACCGGACCACUUCAUCGUCGUCAAGAAAAUCUACAACAGCACGAUCAGCAACCUGUACAUCCAAAACUGGCCGGUGCACUGCUUCGACAUCGAAUCGAGCGAGGGCCUCACCCUGACGGGCAUCACGCUGAACAACACGGCGGGCGACAGCCCCAACAGCCUGAGCGGCGACGACCCGGCCGCCCACAACAGCGACGGCUUCGACAUCAAGUCCUCGACCGACCUGACCCUGACCGACAGCUGGGUGCACAACCAGGACGACUGCGUCGCCAUCACCUCGGGCUCCAACAUCCUCGUCGACAACCUCUACUGCGCCGGCGGCCACGGGCUGAGCAUCGGCUCCAUCGGCGGCAAGUCCGACAACACCGUCGACGGCGUCACCUUCAGCAACUCGCAGGUCGUCGACUCCGAGAACGGCUGCCGCAUCAAGACCAACUCCGGCGAGACCGGCGAGGUCUACAACAUCCGCUACGAGAAUAUCACCCUCUCCGGCAUCUCGGACUACGGCAUCGACGUCCAGCAGGAUUAUUUGAACGGCGGGCCCACCGGCGAGCCCACGAAUGGGGUCAUGAUUGAGAAUGUCACGUUUGUGGAUGUCACCGGCACCAUGAGUGAUGGCAAGGAUUAUUAUAUCCUGUGUGGCGAUGGGAGCUGUGAGAACUUUACAUUCGAGGGCGUGAGUAUCACCGGCGGGAGUGGGGAUAGUUGCAAUUAUCCGGAUAGUGGGUGUCCUUAGGUAGAUGAGGGGUGG